GGUCCAAAGUCAUGAAAUUUUCUUGAUUCACGUUGUCUAUUAAAUGGGCGUAGCCAAUCAAUCUUCUUCUUGUGCUUCUUUGAGGAAGAACCGAACAUUCUGAUUCUCAGGCUGAUCGGUGAUUGAUAUCUGGUGCUGUCUGUUGAGAAAAAAUGGCAGAGGAGAGCAACCUUGAUGGAGAUGUAAAGGCAGAACGGCAGUCCAGUGAGGAGCAGAACAAGGAAAAGAUAGGGGGCAAGUUUAAGGUACCAUUUUACCGGCUCUUCUCAUUUGCGGAUUCCUUGGACUGUACCCUUAUGGUUGUAGGCACAGUUGGUGCUGUCGGGAGUGGGAUCUGCCUUCCUCUCAUGACGGUAAUCUUCGGGGAGCUCCUGGACUCUUUCGGGGGUGCAGGGGAUACAAAGGUUGUUUUGCAUAACGUGUCCAUGGUGUCUCUGAAGUUCGUCUACCUGGCUUUAGGAUCAGGCAUCGCAUCAUUCUUCCAGGUUGCUUGCUGGAUGGUCACUGGUGAGAGGCAGGCUGCACGGAUUCGAAGAUUAUAUCUGAAGACAAUUUUGGGGCAAGACGUUGCCUUUUUUGACAAAGAAACAAAUACUGGGGAGAUCAUCGGACGGAUGUCGGGUGACACUGCUCUCAUUCAAGGCGCCAUGGGUGAAAAGGUGGGACAGUUUCUACAGUCAGUUGUGACAUUUAUAGCAGGAUUUAUCGUGGCAUUCAUUAAAGGAUGGCUUCUCACCCUCGUCAUGUUAAGUUCGAUUCCACCUCUCAUAUUGUCGGGUGCGAUCAUGACCACCAUCGUGGCAAAAAUGUCAGCUCGUGGGCUAUCUGCUUACUCCUCCGCAUCAACUGUAGUUGCGCAAGCCAUUGGUUCAAUAAGAACAGUUGCAUCAUUUACGGGAGAGAAAUUAGCUAUUGCAAAGUACAACAGAUCUUUAAACAAGGCUUACAAAUCAGGAGUCCAAGAAGGUUUGGCCACGGGAUUCGGGUUUGGGUUGAUGAUGUUCAUUGUGAUGUGCACUUACUCUCUAGCCCUUUGGUUUGGUGGAAAGGUUAUCAUCGAGAAGGGAUACACAGGAGGAGAUGUCAUGAACAUUAUCUUUUCCGUGCUAGUUGGCUCAAUGGCACUGGGUCAGGCCUCUCCAUGCCUGAGCACGUUCACUGCAGGGCAGGUGGCAGCAUUUAAGAUGUUCAAGGCCAUCAGUCGAAAACCUCUUAUCGAUGCUUACGACACUAGGGGACUGCAGUUGGAUGACAUUCGUGGUGAUAUAGAACUGAGGGAUGUCUACUUCAGCUAUCCUGCCAGGCCUGAUGAGCUAAUCUUCAAUGGGCUCUCUCUCUCGAUACCAAAUGGCACGAACUUGGCUUUGGUGGGAGAGAGUGGGAGCGGAAAAUCUACAGUAGUUAAUUUGAUUGAGAGGUUUUAUGACCCACAAGCAGGUGAAGUCCUUAUUGAUGGAAUCAACAUUAAGAACUUUCGACUGAAGUGGUUAAGGCAGAAGAUAGGCUUAGUAAGUCAAGAACCAGUUCUGUUUGCUUCGACCAUACGGGAAAAUAUAUCUUACGGAAAGGAAGGACCAACAGAUGAAGAGAUAAAGGCCGCUACCAAGCUGGCAAAUGCUGCCAAGUUUAUCGACAAAUUGCCUCAGGGACUGGACACAAUGGUGGGUGAGCACGGGAUCCAGCUAUCUGGGGGGCAGAAGCAGAGGAUUGCCAUUGCGAGAGCAAUCCUAAAGGACCCGAGAAUACUGCUUCUUGACGAGGCCACAAGCGCUCUUGAUGCAGAGUCAGAGAGAGUUGUGCAGGAGGCGCUUGACAGGGUCAUGAUGAAGCGGACCACCGUGAUUGUAGCUCAUCGACUUAGUACUGUGAGGAACGCCAAUGUGAUUGCUGUGAUCCAUCAGGGAAAGAUCAUCGAGAACGGGUCUCAUAUGGAGCUAACCGAGGAUCCUGAUGGAGCGUAUUCUCAGCUCAUAUGCUUACAAGAAUUCAAAGCUGAAACAGAAAGAAAUGUGGUGAUCGAUCAGGAAAGGCCCGAGAUCAUCAUUGACUUGGGAAGAACUUCGAGUCAGCGGAUAUCAUUCCUAAGAUCCAUUAGUCAUGGAUCUUCAGGAGUCGGAAACAGCAGUCGCCACUCAUUCUCGUUAUUCGGUGUUCCUACAGCCAUGGCACUUGAGAAGGAGCCCCAAGGAUGUGUUCUGGAAAAAUCAGUGGAAACAUCAGAGUUCCCAUUCCUCCGUUUGGCUGCGCUGAAUGGCCCCGAGAUCCCAGUCCUAGUCCUGGGUUCAAUAGCUGCAGCUGCAACUGGGAUGAUAUUCCCAAUAUUUGGAAUCCUUCUUUCGAAAACCAUCAAAACAUUCUACGAACCGAAGGAUGAGCUAAGAAAGGACUCACGAUUUUGGGCUCUUAUAUUCUUUGCGCUCGCAGGCUCGUGCCUUCUAGUCUAUCCUUUAAAGUCGUAUUUCUUCUCCAUCGCUGGGUGUAAGCUGAUAAGAAGAGUUCGGGAGAUGUGCUUUGAGAAGGUUGUUUACAUGGAGAUGAGUUGGUUCGACGAGGCUGAGAACUCGAGUGGUGUAAUUGGUUCUCGACUUUCUGCUGAUGCAGCUUCUCUCCGCGGACUGGUCGGGGAUGCCUUGGGGCUGCUCGUUCAGAAUGUGGCCACAACAAUCGCCGGAUUAGCUAUUGCAUUCCAGGCAAACUGGCAACUGGCUUUUAUAGUACUUGUGCUAAUACCGUUGGUAGGAGCAAACGGGUAUGUCCAAGUGAAAUUUCUGCAAGGAUUCAGCGCAGACGCAAAGAAGUUGUAUGAAGAAGCGAGUCAGGUGGCCAGUGAAGCAGUUGGGAGCAUCAGAACAGUUGCUUCCUUUUGUGCCGAAGAUCGGGUAAUGGAAACGUACAAGCAAAAGUGUCGGGGCCCUAUCAGGACGGGGAUCAAACAAGGCCUCAUAAGUGGAUUUUUCUUUGGACUAUCAUUCUUCUUGCUGUUUUCGGUGUAUGCCUGCUGCUUCUAUGCUGCAGCACGACUCAUCAACGACGGAAAGACAACAUUCUCUGAAGUUUUCCUGGUCUUCUUCACUCUUGCAAUGACAGCUUGGUCAAUUUCUCAAUCAGGCUCUUUUGUUCCUGAUUCGAGCAAGGCAAAGAGUUCUGCGGCUUCUGUGUUUGCAAUUCUCGAUCAGAAAUCAAAAAUUGAUGCAGGCGAUAACUCCGGGACAACGUUAGAGAAUGUUAAGGGCGAAAUCGAGUUUCACCAUGUCAGUUUCCGAUACCCCACUAGGCCCGAAGUGCAAAUAUUCCGAGAUCUCUGCUUAACAAUCCGGCCCGGCAAGACUGUUGCAUUGGUUGGAGAAAGUGGGAGCGGGAAGUCGACGGUGAUCUCGCUUUUGCAGAGAUUCUACGAUCCUGAUUCCGGAACCAUAACAUUGGAUGGGGCGGAUAUCCAAAAGUUUCAGCUCAAGUGGAUGAGACAGCAAAUGGGCCUCGUCAGUCAGGAGCCAGUGCUAUUCAACGACACAAUACGGGUAAACAUAGCUUAUGGGAAGGAAGGGAUCGCCACCGAGGCCGAGAUUUUGGCUGCUGCAGAAACCGCAAACGCCCACAACUUCAUCAGUGGCCUGCAACAUGGAUACGACACGGUGGUGGGCGAGCGAGGAGUGCAGCUAUCGGGAGGACAGAAGCAAAGAGUAGCGAUAGCGAGGGCCAUUGUUAAGUCCCCAAGAAUACUACUACUAGACGAGGCCACCAGUGCACUAGAUGCCGAGUCCGAGCGGGUAGUCCAGGAUGCGCUGGAUCGAGUUAUGGUGAACAGGACCACCAUCGUGGUAGCCCACCGGCUCGCCACCAUCAAGGGGGCCGACCUAAUUGCGGUGGUGAAAAAUGGGGUCAUCGCCGAGAAAGGGAAGCACCAAGUUCUGAUGGGUAUCGAGGACGGGAUAUACGCUUCUCUGGUGGCAUUACAUUCGAGCGCUCCAUCGUAGUGUGAUCUUAUCUCUGUCCCGACCUGGCAAAUUAAAACAUACAAAAUAACAAUAAAACAAAAGCAGAGUCAUGAAUGUCCAUAUGAACAUUUAUCUUAUUUGCGUUUAAUAA